UAGAGGUGCUACGAUUCACUUCUGAAUCCUCCUGAUAGAGACCGGUUAAAUGGCGUUGAAGGAAAAACAAAGAAAAUGCUACAUUUUUUCAUAUUUAUAUUUUAAAAAUGGAAUAUUUUAUGUAUGAAAGAUAUAUAUUCGCCUGUAUUACCUAAACGAGAAAUGAUUGCCGACAAUCCGGUUAAGAACUUGAAGAAGAGAAUUUGCAUAGAAUAUUAUGCACAGAACAGACUGACAAAAUGUGCUGCUAUUUGCUCGAAUGUUAUUUAUUCCGUCUUUACUGUCAAAGGUGCCGUCGUAUUACAUCAAAAAUCAAACUGGGAUAUGUGCUCUUUUUCUUUGGUACGAUAGCGCUAUUAGAAUUUUUUGGAGCAUUUGUGCACUUAUUUGAAAUCACAUACGAUGAAAACUUUGUAUAUCCGUACGAGGGCAACGUUCACGAAUUUGUGAACGCUCUGCGACGUAAUGAGAAACCUGAAGUUAAGCCUAUAAACCAAUAUACAUAUUCUUUUAUCUUAAAACAACCACAAAAAUGCAAAGACGAUGCAGAUGAUACUCUUCGCCUUGUAUACAUAGUGAAGUCUGCUAUAGAGAACUUUGAUAGAAGGAUUGCUAUACGUAAUUCAUGGGGAAACGAAAAGAGAUUCUUUGAUGUGCCAGCAAGAACUAUUUUUGUGGUGGGCACACAUCCAGAUGAUGAGGAAGUGGAGGCCAAAUUAAAAUUAGAGGCGGCGAUCUAUAAAGAUAUUGUGCAAGCAGACUUUGUAGAUUCAUAUUAUAAUAAUACUAUAAAAACAAUGAUGAGUUUCAAGUGGUUAGUGAAGUAUUGUUCCAACUCAAAAUUUUAUAUGUUUGUCGACGAUGAUAUAUAUGUAUCGGUAAAAAAUGUAGCAACAUUUAUUAGAAACCCAGCUAAUUAUCCAUUUUACUUAAUGGAAUCUAGAAAAGUGUAUAGUGUACACAAAAGAGAAAUCAAACAAUCAGAUUUAAUGGAUUAUGUCAAUUUCAAUAAUAUAAAUGUAACAUAUAGCUCAAAAAUCAAUGAAAUAUCUAUACAAAAUUUGACCAUUCAUAAAUCUACAAAUAAUAGUCAAAAAAAUAAUAUAUAUAAUGGACGAGUUGGACAGAACGAUGAAAAGUAUAAAGUAGAAAACGAACAUUUGCUCAGACUAAAUAUAUCCACAUCGAAUAGAGUGAAACGACAACUUGAAUUACCAGAUGACAGACUAUUUGCGGGAUUCGUAUUCACGCGAUCUGCACCACAUCGACAUAAAUUUUCUAAGUGGUAUGUGCCAUUAAAAGAAUAUCCAUAUCACUUAUGGCCACCUUAUGUCACAGCUGGUGCAUAUAUUUUGUCUAAGGAAGCUCUUUUGGAUUUAUAUUAUACCAGUUUCUAUACUAAGCACUUUAGAUUCGACGAUAUCUUUCUAGGUCUAAUAGCAAAAAAAGCCGAUAUAAUACCGUUUCAUUGCGAAGAAUUUCACUUUUACAAAAAAGCUUAUACAAAAUAUAGUUACAAGUAUGUCAUAACGUCUCAUGGAUACGAAGAUCCAAACGAACUUUUACAAGUGUGGAAUGAGCAGAAAGCUCUAGGAAAUGCUUAAAACUAUGUAAAAAAAAGUUUAAUAACAUACCCAGAGAACAUUCUGACAUCUAUGAAACGUCUUUUCGAUUUUGAUAUCUUAUAGUCGUUUGUUAAACGUCUAAGACGAUUAAAAAGACAUCUUAAAAUUUUUAGGACAUCUUUAAGAUAUCUCAGAGACGUCAGAAUGUUCUCCGGGUAUAUUAUAGAUUUAUGUUUACUUUUUACUUAAAUGUGGAAAAUGAAAUAUUAUAAUAGCAUAUUUCGGCGAAAAUACUUAAGAAUGUUCUGAUAUAAUGCAUAUAUGUAUACACAUAUAUGCAGAAGAAGAGGGAGGAAUAUGUAUAUAUUAUAUAUACAAAGAAAGAUGGAAUAUAAAGUUAUAGCUACGU